AUGCCAGCCAAGAAGGUUCUCAUCAUCCUCAGUGAUGCGCACACUUUUCCCCUCAAAAAGAAGAGCGGACCCGAUGCCGGCCUUGUAGUCGACCAGCCUUCGGGCUUCUUCCUUCAAGAAUUAGCAAAGCCGUUGCAAAAACUCCUAGACGCAGGGCAUGAGGUGACCUUCGCCUCACCCAAAGGACGCGAGCCUGCCCCAGAUCCGAACAGCGAGUCACUGCUCGCAUACGCAGGCAACUUCUACGAACGCCGAAAAGAGAUGGAACUUAUCGAGCACAUGAAGCGGACGAAUGGAUUUGACCGCCCGCGACCUUUCAGUACCUUCAGCGAAGACGAACUGGCGACAUUUGCAGGACUCUUCAUUCCCGGAGGGCACGCGCCUCUGACGGACCUGGGUGAUGACCCGGAACUGGGCAGAAUCCUGCGAUUUUUCAAUAAAGAAAACAAGCCAACUGCCGCCAUCUGUCAUGGGCCCUACGCCCUGCUAAGCACGAUGAAGGCAGGGGAUGGCUCGUUCGUCUACAAAGGGUAUAAGAUCACAUCUUGGAGCGACGCCGAAGAAAACUUGAUGGAGACGCUAUGGGGUGGCGAGGUUGAGAAGGUUGAGUCGGCAUUAAGGGACCAGGGUGCGAUUAUGGUUGAGGGUGCAACGGAAAAGGUUGGUGGCACGACGCUCGACCACGAGCUAGUCACUGGCGGUAAUCCUUUGGCGGCAAAUGCUUUGGGAGAUCGAUUCUUGAAGAUGCUCAGCGUAUAG